GCCUCCCGCUCCCCUCGAGCUGCCCCACCACAGAGCACACGGUCGAUCGAGCCACAGCCACAGCCACUGCCCCGCUCGAGCACCCUCGCCUUCUUGCUCGCCCGAGAGACCGGCCCCGGCACAGAGGGAGGUCGAGCCAUCGAGAUGUCCCGGUACGUGGAGAUGCUCGACAUGGGCGUGCGCAUCGCGGCGAGGUUCCACUCCCACUGCCCGCAGACGGCGCGCAUGUACUACAAGCCUCCCCAGACGACGACGACGACGUCCUCGGCGGGUGGCGCGGAAGAUGCCAAGAAGUCCGGGAGCUUCGGUUUGGAUGCAGCGACGUGGGCCCUUCGGCCCUUCGCGUUCGCGGCCGCGGAGGAGCUUGGCGCCGGCGGCCGAUCGGGGUUUCGCGAUUUGGACACCGCACAGGUCCUCGUGUAUGGGGUGGUGUGAGCCCUGAGAAGGACACGUUUCUGAUUGGCAAGUUUUGGGAAAUUUUGCACAUGAUACAUGUAUACUCCAUUCUUUGAUUUGUACAUGUCGGUGUCGGAAACCUGGAAUUGAUCAAGACAGGGGAGACCAUUCAUUCUACAAAUAUCGAUGAGCAUGUGAUUCUUUUGGUUGA